AUGUCCGCCGACAGGCUACAGUCGAGUGCAUCCCAAAAGAACGCCUCAUCCCCGAUUGUGUCUAUAGAAAAUGAAGAUACUAUGGAUGCAACGCCCUCACAGCCUCCCAUGACACCGACUAAAGUGACAAUCAACGUCCGAGGCUCACAGAAGAGCGACCCAAUGAAAGAAACGGGCACUCCACCUGCGCAGAAUACAGCCAUGCUGGAGACUAGGCGCGACUCUCCCUCCAAAUCUCCACUCGAGUCCCCAAAGGUGCUUUCUGUCCCAUCAACACCAACUAGCAACCCUGGCAGCCCUGAAAUCCAGGUGGCAGAAGUCGAAGAUAUUAGUGAUGACCCUGCCAUGACGCGGUGGAUGCCGUUCAAGCACAGUGCAUCAGAGGCACGCCAGAUCCAAGAAAAUCUGCUAGAUUCCUUUCCUUUUGUGAAUACUAGCAAAACGCUGAAGAAGACAUUGAACAGCAUAUGUGCGGCAAUCGAGAAAACUUUUCACUUUGACAACACCGACCAGACAGCUCAUACCCCAGAUCCGUUGACCAGAUUCCUGGGCUCGUGGACUACACUGGCUCUGAGGAUGGCUGAUAUUGAUAACCAAACUCUGAUCGAUAACGUGGCUGACAACAACACCACUCCUGACCUCCUAUCCGAUAAAUAUUUCUACUCGCUGCAUCACUUCUUGAAGCUUGAUCAGCCGUUCUGGAAGCAACUCGUAGACACACGGCAUUAUGACCUAAAGUUUCCCGUCUUAGCUAUGCUGACGAAAUUUACUGAGCACCAGAAGGGGCUCAAAUGCCUCACAGACACGGCUAAACUGAUGCUUGACCGUCUAGCUAGCCUCCCAAGUAUGAUUCCAAAGUUCCAGAUGCAUUUCUGGUUUGUCACUCAGAUGGCGACUACUUAUCGGCAUUUGCUACCUGAACUGAGGGCCGGUCUCUCGAGAACUCUACCAAGCCAAUUCCUCGACUAUUUCAACGUUGUUGAUGCUCGACUGCAAAACUUCAUAACGAAGCAAGUCUCGAGCUUAUCUUUCAAUGUCUGCCAGAGCCUUGUGCAGGGACUUUGCAACAUAUUAGUCACAGUCGGGUCUGUGGACGAGAUUUUCGCCCGACGGCUGUGUGUCGAAAAACAUUUGGACAUAGAGACUCUCUCUUCAGACGAAACGUCAGAUCUUCUGUAUCUAUCAUGGAAAUUUGGAACGCUCAAACGAUGCAUUCUAGAAGGACGUAUGGAGAUUAGAGUCCAAGGUGCUGAAAUAAUGCAACAAGAUUUGGUAAAUCACCAUCGCAGGUACAUCGAUGGGAAGCCUGGUGGCUCCGAACAUCCGAUCUCAGUCUUCCUCGCAGACUUUCUCGUACAGCAUAAGCUGGUGCAAUACCUCGUCAGCGCAGAAUCACACCCUCAGCUGAUACAACGAUCCUCCAAUAUCCUGGGCUAUCUUGUUGUUACCGGAAGGCUCUGCAACGCAGACAUGGAUGUUGUAUGGAAUGCUGCUGCAGCAAAUCGAGAGUCUCGCUCUGGAGAAGUCAUCUUCAAUAUGCUGAUGCCCUGCUUGAAUUUGUGCACGUAUUCAAACUUAUGCUAUCUUGUUGCAAAGUUAGCAGAGAUAUCUGUUGAUGACUUCGACGCUCAGAUGCGGCGUUAUGCUGACUUGCUACUGAAACAUUUGGGCCAUAAGUGGCGCGAAAAUGCGCAGAGACAAAAUCUCGGACUUGGUGAAAAGCUGGACAUGCCGCCAUUUGACAUAUGUCUUCGAUUCCUCCGACAAUCAGCCCCGGACGGGCCCUAUAAACCCGAGAAUGCUAAAGCUGUCCAUGACUGGGCGAAGGGACAUCUCAUGGACUUGAUGCGCCAGGGUCUCUCACAGGACGCCAAAGAGGCCAUCUUCAAGGAAUGUUUAGACGACAUUGCAAACCCGAAGCUAUCGGCGACCGGAAGCAUAUCGGCUAUCACUGCUCUAACAUCAAUUACAUGGGAGCAUCGACCGCAACAUAUUCGACAUCUCACACGUGACCUUGGCAUGACGGAUAUUCUUAUCGACGAUUUAUGCCGCACCAUCAAUGAAGAUCGUAUGGGCCACGUUCAAGCGUUCGUGUCACAAGAACGUCUACAGACCCGUCUACAGUUACUUUAUCAUGUCCUCUUGGAUAAUUCUGAAACGGUAUCUAAUGAUAUGGCGACCCGACUCUGGGAAGCUCUUGUCGGUUCUGGCUCGAUAAAUGAAGGUGCUCGGAAUACCGCGUGGGAGAUGUUGAUUAGCGUCGCUCGCAAUUCGAGGACUUGCAAUCCUUGCAUUGAUCUCUGCAUUGUAGAAUUGCUUCCCAAACUUAAGUCAAGGUACAUGGUUCCGGGUUGUCUGGCUUUUGCAGAGACUAUAAGACCAUACAUAGCCCAGACUGACGAGUCACGAACUCCUGAUACACCAUUGACGGGCUCGACAGCUUCCGAAUUACUGUGGCAUCUAGCUCUCACGGUACCCUCGGAAAGACCAGAUCUAGCGAAGAAGGCUACAGACAUGCUCAUCACGUUGUAUCUGGACUCACCUGACGCACACCGAAGGUCUCGGGAGGCUAAUGACUCUGUACAUAUCGAACUUGUGGAACGCUGCAUCGAUAAACUCGGUGUAGCUGCGUCUAAGCUUAAGUCCUUUAACGAGGGAACUUCCAGUGGUGAGGACGAGCCAAUGGUCGUGGUGGCUUCGGAUGAGGAAAUCCAAGAUCAAAGACUUUGCUUCUUGAGAUCCUUGAUGAUUCUAAAGGAGUUCGUGCAGGGUGUUCGACUAAGACCUAUGUAUAGUCCGUCUCCUGAGCUGCCUCCAAGACUACCUGUAGGUUUCGAUGAGCUUCGUGGCAAUCCCAUGAAGAUCAAAUACCAAGCACACUCUGAAGGAAAGGGCGCCAGCAAUAUGAACACGUUCGAAGUGGGGGGUCUGGAGACUAUCGAUGAGCUCUCCCAAAAACUGGCGGCCUUAACUCGGUUCUCGAGAUUCAAGGCCUAUGCGGGCGGUCAAGAACUCGAUUUCCCUAGUAUGGGCGAACAAAAACUCCAAGACUCUGGAUUUCUCACCGCUGGCUUGCUCCUUAUUCGUAAAGUAGCCAGCGCAGAGUCAGCAUCGCCAUUGACCGGUCUUCGCCCUAUGGAGGUUGAGGUUAUACGUCAUUUCGAACAGCUAUAUGAGCUUCUUGCCAUGGAAGAUGGCCUUGCACACCAGGAAAGCAUCAACACACUUUCUUUCACACUGAUUGACUUGCAGGUCAAUGUUGGUGCCGAGGCGUGCCAAGUAGACUUGUUGGUAUCAGUAGGCUUAGUAGAUUGCUUGAGCAGUUUUCUGCGAGCAGCACGUGAUCAGCAACCCUAUGCUGUCAGUGACAGCAAGGAAAACCAAAUGCCGGACACUCCGUCACAUAGAGAAGGCGACAUCUCGCUGCCAAACGUCAGUGCCUUCGUUGAUCGAUGCCUCACGCUUUUAGGAAAAGCAAGCGCUAUUCCAAACAGCGUUGAAGCUGAUCGGCUUGCUUAUGGUAUGUUGAACAUCUUACUUGAAGCGAGCUUGAUCUCUCACGACUGCUGGCUAGCGCUGCAAGGCAGCGGCAAGUUGGGUUGGAUCGUCCAGACCCUUCUACUGGAAGAGAGGAGAUCCAGCAGUCGUCAAAUUAUUGCGAAGGCCAUUAUUAACGUAUGUCGGCACGUCUCUGAAGCCCCUACUUAUCAUGAAGAUAUUGUAGCAAGUCUCACCAAUGCCGUCCUCGAUGGAAUCCCUAAAACCCCAGAAUUCUGUCAAAAUACCCAACAGUUCUUCGAUGUUACUCAAGCACUUCUCGAACUUCUCGGACAAGAACGCCAGCAGCGACUCGACAGCGCGAGAUACAUUCAGGAAUGGACAAUGUUGCUCAUCAACCAUAAACAUGUAGAGGCUGUUGGCCGUAACGAGAUCGAUCACUUCGUCGCCGGACUUUCCCACAUCAUCAUCUUCUGCUUGAAGCUUACGAAAGCGUUUGGUACUCGCUUUCAUGCUUCAAAUAAUCUUCUGGAGCAAAUAUUUCGUCGCCAGCUUUUCCCGCCCCUUGACGACUGCGACUUCAUGCCAAAUCUGAGAUCAAGCACAAGGGAGCUGGUCUAUGACAUCUUACUCUCGCUGGCGGAUGACGCCGAUACAUAUCGGUCACUCUUGAGAUUAGUAAAAGAGGUCUCUAUUUGCGGGCCUGAAAGUUCGCAAACCUGGGCCUGGUCACAUGGUUAUGCUCAGCCUAUCGACGAUGGUUCCUUAGGGUCAAAUUGGGCCAUUGAGCCCUCGAAGACAUUGAGAUCCGCUGUGGGCUACCCUGGACUCAGAAAUCUUUCAAACACGUGCUACAUGAAUUCCCUUUUCACUCAGCUUUUCAUGAACACUGAAUUCAGAGAUUUUAUACUUAGUGUCAACAUAGCCGAUGGCGGGACAUCUCAACGCUUACUCCACGAAAUCCGCACACUCUUUGGAUUCAUGCAAAGCUCUGCGCUCAAGGCAAUUGAUACACACAGCAUCUCGGAAUCAAUUGUUACGUACGACAACACCGCUGUCGACGUCACGCAUCAAGUGGAUGUCGACGAAUUUUUUAAUCUACUUUUUGACCGUUUAGAAAGUCAGAUUUUGAAUGAAGAAGACAAGAAGAAGUUUCGCAAGUUUUUCGGGGGUCACAUUGUCCAACAGAUCAAGUCAAAAGAAUGUUCGCAUAUCUCGGAACGACUCGAGCCAUUCUCUGCCAUCCAAUGUGACAUAUCUGGUAAGACAAAUCUGGCUGAGUCUCUAAACGCCUACAUCCAAGGCGAAGCAAUGGAGGGUGAUAACAAAUACUCUUGCACCUCAUGUGGCAAAUACGUUGAUGCUGUCAAGCGAGCUUGCCUCAAAGAUAUCCCGGACAACAUUAUCUUUCACCUCAAGCGAUUCGAUUAUGAUUUAAUCCAUGGAACAAGGACAAAGAUCAAUGACCGUUUUGAGUUCCCCUUGGAAGUUGACAUGGCUCCUUACCAUGUCGAUUAUCUGAAAGAGGACGCCGAGCAAAUAGAAUCUGAUGUGUUCGCCCUUGUAGGAGUACUCGUACAUAGUGGCACUGCAGAAUCGGGUCAUUAUUAUUCACUAAUCCAAGAGAGACCGUCAGGGAAUAUGCAGCAAAAGAAGUGGGUCGAAUUCAACGAUAUGGAGACCUCUGAAUUCAAUCCAGCCGAUAUCGAUAACUUCUCCUUUGGCGGCUGGCAAGAUAUUCCAGCCUACGAAACCCGCUAUGCAAAACUCUGGAACGCGUAUAUGCUAUUCUAUGAGCGCGUGGAGAAGCUGCUGCCGACUAUGGCAAUGGCUGCGUCACCAUCAUCGGAUCGACCCCUUGACAUAUCACUUCCUCAAGAGCUGAAGAACGAUGUUGAAAUGCACAAUCAGAUCUCUCUUCGCCAACAUUGUCUCUUUGAUUCAUCACACGCGGUCUUCCUCAGGAAUUUGCUCAAGCAACUUUGUGUGAUUUCAAACGGCAAGUGCUCCCGCAAGCAUGAUGUUGAAAAAGAGGUCAUAUGGCUGGCCCUCGAAUAUUUGGAUAAAGCUCUUGCGAGAAUCAAAGAGACUUCUCCAUUCGAUGCGAUGCUAAACGAUCUGAUAAGGACCAUUGGAUCAUGCUCUGUCUGUUGUACAGUCGCCCUCGAAUGGGUUCAGGAAAACGAAUAUCCCUUGCACGACUUAUUGUUGAGAUGCCUGCAUCCAAAAGUGCGAAAGGAUUUCGCCAAUAUGAUCAUACUCACCCUAGCGAAACUCCGCGAGCAAUCUACGGCAGAUGACGAUCUGCUGGACGAUGCAGCCGAUCAGUCCGCGAUGGCGCACAACCAGACAAUUUUCGCAUUUCCUAAUAUUUUAGACGGCCUCAUGAUUCGUCUUCGCAACCUUUGGGGCGACAUACACACACAUUCGCGGGGAUGGGAUGAGUAUUUCGGAUUGCUAGCUGACGUGGCAAGUAUGGGAGCUCGUGAAGCACACCUACUCUUGAGACUUGGAUUUUUACAACACUGUCUCGAACUCUUGAUUUGCGAACAUCCAGCCUCUCGCCAUUUGCGAAACCAACAACCUUACAUGUCGUACAGUAAAAUGGUAGAGAAGGGGAAGAGGUUUCCUUUUACGAAGCUGAUCGAGCUGGUGGCUAAUCUGUUUGAGCGCAUUGACUUCACGGCAGAGCCUUUUCUUGGAAACUACCGCGAUCGGCCAUUCCACUUGACUCAUAUGCCUAUGAUGGACCAGGAGUAUCAGCUCAUCCAUUUCCGUCAAGCUGGGGCAAAAAGUAUCUGCAUCUUUCUGGAAAAGAUCCUCAGCACUCCUGCCAAUCCUCCAGCUAUAAAGAGAAUCAUACGAACAAUGGUACUCGCAGAGCCUGGGGCAAGGUUUCAUCCGCUAAUUUCCAAUACGAUCAAAAGUGGCAUCAACAUCGAUCCAGCUAAUAUGGCCGCUCCUUUCCUCCGCGCAGCGUUAGUCUUCUGCGAAUCCACACCACAUGAGGCAGUAGCCGAGCGGAUGAUCCUGGACAUUGCCAGUGAGGUCCAGACUAUUGGCAACGCUGGCGGGAAGGAGCACUUGGACUUUUUUGCACAGGCUCGCCGCUUGCGAAGCCUUCGAGUCACUUUCGGAACGCAAUUUUUCGAAGGUCGUGUUCUUACGUCUAUGCAGUCUUGGGCGCCACACCUGCUUACCUAUUGGGAGCCUGAGGUAAGGUCUGGUACAAUUGAUCUUCUGAAGACGUUGUUGUUCCAGCAUAAUCUUCUCGACAUGGACGAUGAGGAGAGUGCAGAGGUCUACCGCGACGCCGGUCGAAAAUUGUGUCGGGCUUGUACUAAACGAUGCCAGCACAUGCUUGAGGAAGGCAAGCCUGUUGGAAGAAUAGCGGAAGAUGUAACUCGCGUCAUCACUUAUUGUAUCGAUAAGUACUUUAGCGGAGAUGACGAUAUAUUCGUUCGUGAUGCACACGAUAUCAUGAGUCGCAUGGAGGCUCUGGCGGUGACUGAGCUUGAUGCUGAGGUCUCAGAUUGGGGCAAUGGAUCAGAGGACUUACCAACCGACUCCGAUGACGAGACUUUUGGAGAAGUUUAA